ACGAUCUGCAGACGAAAACCCUACAUCUCCGCCACUCCACGGCCGAAAAACCGCAGGCAGAGAAUACUCUCCAGAGCCGCCAUGGCGAGCAGCACAGAGCCCACAUUGCAGAAGAAGGAAGAGGAGGAGGAGGAUUCGACGGAAAACCAGCCGGCGGAAGAUGAGGACACCGGAGCUCCGGUUGCUCCCAUCGUCAGACUCCAGGAAGUCGCCGUCACCACUGGUGAAGAGGACGAGGACGUCCUUCUGGAUCUAAAAGCAAAAUUGUAUAGAUUUGAUAAUGGAGGAAAUCAGUGGAAAGAAAGAGGAGUUGGCACUGUUAAGCUCUUGAAGCACAAAGAAAAUGGAAAAGUGAGGCUUGUGAUGAGGCAGUCAAAAACACUUAAAAUCUGUGCCAAUCACUUGGUUCUAUCUACGAUGACGUUGCAAGAACAUGCUGGGAAUGAAAAAUCUUGUGUUUGGCAUGCUGCUGAUUUUGCUGAUGGAGAGCUUAAGCAAGAGACUUUCUGUAUCAGAUUUCCUUCUAUUGAGAAUUGCAAAACUUUUAAAGACAAGAUUGAAGAAAUAGCCGAAGCGCAACAGAAGAAAGUGGAUGACAGGGACACAGCCUCUGAACUUGUUGAAAAACUGAGCAUUGAAAGCAAAGAAGACAAGCCCGAAGACAAAGGCGCAUCUGCAACAUCUGCUGAGAAGAAAGUUGAUGACAGCGAAGAGGCAAACUCUGUCUCUGAACUUAUCGAAAAGCUGAGCGUUGAAAGCAAAGAAGAAGAAGACAAGCCCGAAGACAAAGGUUCAUCCGCAACAUCUGAUGAGGUUAAGAAGGGAGACGCCAAGAAGGGAAGUGAUUAAGACAUUUUACUCUUAAUUAUUCUUGUUUUUUACCCCAAGACUCAUAGGAAAUGGUCUGUGUCAUGGUUUUCCUCAGUGGGAUAAGAGUCUGCAGUUUUCACCAUACAUACGUUUAUAUACACAGUAGUUUAUCAUGGUUGUGUCCUGUAGUUUUUUAUUUUUUUGUUUAUUUGGGGGGGGGAUCCUAUUUUAUGUGCUACUCUCAGUUAUGAUUAUAGACCCAUAUGUAUAAGCGGGCACGUUUUUUUUUUUUGGGUUUUUUUUGAAGUUCCUAUGUAAAGAGUGUUUGA